AUGAACUUACCUGCGGACAAGGACUCCCGCGCGAGAAUCGUGUUGCGGAAGCUGAAGUGGAUGGCGAUAGGCAUCCUGGCCCCAGAGGCUAUCGUAUGUGUGGCCGUUAGUGAGUGGUGUGAUGCGAAAUUCGUGUGCAAGGAGCUGUGGCCUUCUAAGACCGGCAGAGAGCUAGCGCAUGGCUUUCUUAUCGGAAUGGGCGGCAUUAUUAUCUCAACGACAGAUCAAGAGCGGAUACGUCUUCAAGUUGAUGAUUUCGUCCAAGCGGUCAAAAGAGGCAUCAUUGAUUUACCCGUGCUCGAAUCGAAGGAGAUUGAGGACAAGAGCAAGGCAGAUUGGGUGUCGAAAUCUGUUGCCUGUGUUCAAAUUGGAUGGCUGUUGACCCAAGUGAUCGGCCGCACUGCGCAGCACAUUUCAGUCACGCCCCUAGAAAUGUUCGCCUUGGGAAUUGUUGUAUGCGCUAUUACAACAUACGGUUUCUGGUGGCAGAAGCCUUUCGACGUACAAACGCCAGUGGUGAUCAAUACAGAGUUGGACUUCUCAACUCUAGAGAGCAGAUUAGCGGCCGAGAUUGAGGACUUGGACAUCGAAAGAUUUCCGGUGCACGUGAGUCUGCUGUAUAGUAUGGGCACUGGUAAGGGAAAAACUCAGGAUGUUUUCUUCGCGGUAGUAACAGCGACUGCUUCCAUUCUAUUUGGGCUCUGCCAUGUUGCGGCGUGGAGCUUUGCGUUUCCGACGUUUUGGGAACGCCUGCUGUGGCAGGUUUCAGCUAUCGCAUGCGUCACUCUUCCUGUGACGAUAGUCGGUCUCGCCUGGGUUUGGCGCGAACAGGAUUGGAGUGACUCGACAGAUGAGCUCAUUCACAAGCUGGUUUCCAUUCCUCUCUUCGGCCUAUAUACAAUAGUUCGAGUUUUGCUUCUCUUCGAAGUCUUCUUCAGCCUCCGGUCCGUCCCACCUGAUGUUUAUCAGACCGUAAAUUGGGCAGCGUACAUACCACAUAUCUAG